CAUCAACCCAAAGGACCUGGCAGAGCUCCCUGAGGAGCUUUUGUAGAGCAAUUAGUUGUGUAAAGAAUGACUCACUAGCGAACAUGCUACUCGUUAAGAAAGUUCGAAGGGUUACAGGUUUUGGGGAACCAGUAUUCCAUAAAGUGAGCAGGAACAGAAAACUUAAUUUAGAAUACUGGGUGUUCUAAUCAAGUGACUGAUGGAACAUGGAACUAGACCCCAUUACGUGAGCGGAUUCCCUGUGGCCAGGUCAGGACUACUUGUCUCUGCUCCCCUAGUAGAUCAGGUUAAUUGUCUGGAGAUAAAAACUGUUUUCCUGAUACAGGCAGUUCCUCUGCAGGUGUUUUUCUUCUAAGGCAUACCUUCUACCUAGAAUACCCACAAAAGAGCUGGAGCUGCAUUUACCCACCCCAUGUUGUCUUAAGGGGAUGGAUUCAACUGGGAUGAGGAGUGAUGUUUCUUUUUCUUAAAUGAAUCCACAUCAAUCCCUCCCAGAGCUCAAAAUUUUCAUUCACUUCUAGGAGCUUACCUCCAGCCUACAUUUGGCUCUGCAGUUUUCCCAGUCUCCGAUGUACUUUUAUAGAUUCUGUUACCUGAAUUUCAGAGACCUCCAUUACUACAGGUGAAUGAGCUGCUGCUGAAUGAGUUAUCUCAUGUCCUCAGCUGUGUUCUUGGAGUGUCCCACUCCGCACCUCAUCUCUCAGUUCCUGAAAAGGGCCAAGACUCCCUUUCUGAAGAACUUGAAUGACCUCAAAGAGUUCACCCACAACCAGUGGGCUCCUUGGCCCUUUCAGAAGGCUCAGGACCUCCAAGAGUGCACAGUUAUUGCUCAGGUGCCCCUUAUGUCUGAGGCAUGCAUGUGGGGUGGGUGCCCAGACAGUGAAUCAGUGGAUCAAAGAAAAACCAGUAACUGCGAUAAAAUACAACAGUCUGACUGACCUGCCUUUGCCCUGUGGGAGUGCUGGCUGCCCAGAGAAAGGCGUGGAAUAAUCUGCUGGAUGCAUUGGCCUGUUGCUCCAGGACCAGAAGGGAUUUCAUGAUUCAUUAAAAGUAUAAACCAGCAAUCAAAUCGAUAGCUUAGAAUGAGGGGAACUGGGCCUAUAAACAGGAAGUAAAAGGAGGAGAUUGAGAUGUUUUCAUGCUUUGAGCCAGGUAUUGCGUUUCAUUAAGUUGGAAGCUCAUACCCUGAAGUUCUCAACUCGUUUUCUAUAUAGCAAUUCAGAAAAAAUUCCCCGGAGUGAAAGAUGGUCAGCAUGACAUGGAACAUAUGAAAGGACACUUGGACCCAUGACAUCUGGGGUUAGUGUCGGCAUCUGGGCUCUCCUACUCAGUGACCUUGAGCAAGUCACAUUAAAUUGGGCUUAAUAUCAAUUUUGAGGUCCGAGUGAGAUCAUGUCUGAAGAAGUUUAUAAAAUGCCAAUCGGGUAUUUGUGGGCUCAGCUGCUAUGUGAAGCGCUGUAUUACCCACCCCCAACUUGGAAUAUCAGGAUAAGGGGUUUGAAAAAAUGCUAGCUUUUAGAAUGAAGGCGCAAUAAAGAAUGAUUGUCUCCUGUGUGUUUGCAAUUCCAUCAAUCCCUUAAGGAGUAAUCCUGCUGGAGGACACUUUGUCCAAAGUCACACUCAGAGAAUGGAUUUACAGCCUGGUAAAUUCCUGGAGCCCAUGUGCUGCUCAUGGCAUGUGGAAUUCCUCCUAACAGAAAUGGCUGGCUGAAAACAAAAAUGGGGUAAGGAGGGCGGAUCAGUGGUUGAUUCCUGUACGAUGUAGAGCAAUCACAGAAUUGGGUUCCUGUGGCAGCCAGGGCUGCUGUUGAGCACAGGGUUGUUUCCCAGGGCCCUGCCCUGAGCGUACCCGGAAAUCGCCCCAAGAGUAGCAAGUGUGUUCCCGGCAAGGCUGAAUCCUGGAGGCCCAGUAGGCUCGUCACAUGCUGCUGCUCUGCCUGGUUUCCCGUCCCCGAGCGUCCCUUACUUUCCGCCAGAGGUCGCUCCCUGGGAGCCUCGACCCCGAGCGCUCUUUGCUGCCCCUGCUGGAGCCUGGCCGGCGUCCCAGGUUUGCAGUUGUGGUUUAUUUUUGGCACGUAAGGCUUUGGUCAUCAAGUAGCAAAACCUGAAGGGAUAGCUGCAAGACUGCAGGCUCUGUUGUCAGCUUGGGAAACGGCUCCAUCCCUCUGCCGUCCCCUCUCCCCCAGGGGCUCCAGAACCGUUGGGAUUCCUGCCCAGCUCUCUCAAGGGGAAGGAGAUAACGCCCUUCAGAGUUACCUCCUGAGGAGCUGAGCAUGACCCGGGACGAGGCACUGCCAGACUCGUACUCUGCCCAGGGCUUCUACGAGAGUUAUGAGCCCAAGGAGAUCCUAGGCAGGGGAGUUAGCAGUGUCGUCAGGCGCUGCAUCCACAAGCCCACAUGCAAGGAGUAUGCCGUGAAGAUCAUCGACAUCACCGGUGGGGGCAGCUUCAGCCCUGAGGAGGUGCAGGAGCUGCGAGAGGCCACGCUGAAGGAGGUGGACAUCCUGCGCAAGGUCUCAGGGCACCCCAACAUCAUACAGCUGAAGGACACUUAUGAGACCAACACUUUCUUCUUCCUGGUGUUUGACCUGAUGAAGAGAGGGGAGCUCUUUGAUUACCUCACUGAAAAGGUCACCCUGAGCGAGAAGGAAACCAGGAAGAUCAUGCGAGCCCUGCUAGAGGUGAUCUGCACCCUGCACAAGCUCAACAUCGUGCACCGGGAUCUGAAGCCUGAGAAUAUCCUCUUGGAUGAUGACAUGAACAUCAAACUCACCGACUUCGGCUUUUCCUGCCAGCUGGAGCCGGGAAAGAAGCUGCGAGAAAUCUGUGGGACCCCCAGUUACCUGGCCCCUGAGAUCAUUGAGUGCUCCAUGAACAACGACCACCCAGGCUAUGGGAAGGAGGUGGACAUGUGGAGCACAGGGGUCAUCAUGUACACCCUGCUGGCUGGCUCCCCACCCUUCUGGCACCGGAAGCAGAUGCUGAUGCUGAGGAUGAUCAUGAGUGGCAACUACCAGUUUGGCUCACCUGAGUGGGAUGAUCACUCAGAUACCGUGAAGGACUUGAUUUCCCGCUUCUUGGUGGUGAAACCCCAGGGCCGCUGCACGGCAGAGGAGGCCUUAGCGCAUCCCUUCUUCCAGCAGUAUGUGGUGGAAGAAGUGCGGCACUUCAGUCCCCGGGGCAAGUUCAGGGUGAUCGCUCUGACAGUGCUGGCCUCUGUGCGCAUCUACUACCUGUACCAGCGGGUGAAGCCCGUGACCCGGGAGAUUGUCAUCCGCAACCCCUAUGCCCUCCGGCCUCUGCGCCGCCUCAUCGAUGCCUAUGCUUUCCGAAUCUACGGCCACUGGGUGAAGAAGGGGCAGCAGCAGAACCGGGCCGCCCUCUUUGAGAACACACCCAAGGCCGUGCUCCUCUCCCUGGCCGAGGAUGACUACUGAGGGGCUGGCGGGUGGGAUGGGGUGGGGUCAGGGUUGUGGCAGGCAGAGAGAGGAAGCCCUGGAAAUGUCAGGCAAAGGGGAGAGAUGUGAGCCAGCCAAGAACCCCUGAAACUGGAACCGAUGUCCCCUGCAAGGGUCCCACACGGGAACAGGGUGUCCCCAUGACACAGUGAGACACGCAGACCUGGCCAGGCCCAAAGUGGAGAGACAGAUGUCGUCCCAGACCCAGGAGCCUCCUGCUUCUCCCCACCCAGUUGUGCCACCAUCUCAGGGUCUCCUUAUGGGAAGUCCUGAGUUACUGUGGCACUUGGAUGCUCUUCCCUUAGGGUCCCAGAGUGGUGAUAAAAGGCAGAGACAGUUCGAGCUACACAAUCACAGGAGGUUUUACUAACCUGACAAUGUCCAGUGACAGCAUGGGAGCAGGUUACUCUCCAGGGACAUGAUUUUAGCGGUGUUGGGAAGCCCAUAAAUAAUUAACAAUAGAAGGGGAAGCUUGUGA